AUUGUGGGGGGCGUAGUCCUCCUUUCCAGGCGGUCCUUCGCGGCGUCCCCCGGGCCGACUCCGGAGCGCAGGCGGACGGUCGGGCGGGUGGCGCGGCGCGGGCCGGCGGGAAGCGUAUUCUGGGCACGGGGCGCCGGGCCGAGCCGCCUGCGCCCGGCGGCAAUAGUGGGAGGCAACCUAAGGCCUCGCGCGGCGCCGCCCGUCGAGGGGCUGGCGGUGGCCGACCGACCGGGCCGUCGAAGAGCUCAGGAGGCCGGUGGGCCGGGCCGAGCCGUGCGGCGCAGCCAUGCCUGGCUUUACGUGCUGCGUACCGGGCUGCUACAACAACUCGCACCGGGACAAGGCACUGCACUUCUACACGUUUCCCAAGGAUGCUGAACUGCGGCGCCUCUGGCUUAAGAACGUGUCCCGUGCGGGCGUCAGUGGGUGCUUCUCCACCUUCCAGCCCACCACGGGCCACCGUCUUUGCAGCGUUCACUUCCAGGGCGGCCGCAAGACCUAUACGGUGCGCGUCCCCACCAUCUUCCCACUGCGCGGCGUCAAUGAGCGCAAAGUAGCGCGCAGACCCGCGGGGGCCGCGGCUGCCCGCCGCAGGCAGCAGCAGCAGCAACAGCAGCAGCAGCAACAGCAACAACAGCAACAGCAGCAGCAACAGCAACAACAGCCUUCGCCAUCCGCCUCCACUGGCCAGACCGCCCAGCUGCAACCAAACCUGGUGUCUGCCUCCGCGGCCGUACUCCUCACCCUUCAGGCCGCUGUAGACAGCAACCAGGCUCCGGGAUCCGUGCCCCCUGCGCCCACCACUCCCUCUGGAGAAGAUGUGAAGCCCAUCGACCUUACAGUGCAAGUGGAGUUUGCAGCCGCAGAGGGCGCAGCCGCCGCAGCCGCAGCGUCAGAGCUAGAGGCUGCUACAGCGGGGUUGGAGGCCGCGGAAUGCCCUAUGGGCCCCCAGUUGGUGGUGGUAGGCGAAGAGGGCUUUCCAGAUACUGGCUCCGAUCACUCGUACUCGUUGUCGUCAGGCACCACGGAGGAGGAGCUCCUGCGCAAACUGAACGAGCAGCGGGACAUCCUGGCGCUGAUGGAGGUGAAGAUGAAAGAGAUGAAGGGUAGCAUCCGCCACUUGCGUCUUACAGAGGCCAAGCUGCGCGAAGAACUUCGUGAGAAGGAUCGUCUGCUUGCCAUGGCUGUCAUCCGUAAGAAGCACGGAAUGUGAAUGGGUCCCCCUGCGGCCUGCAGAACUCCUGGACCCUUGCAGCCCUAGGAAUCCUCAGGCUGAUGUUGAACUCCCCUGUAGUGUGGUUGACAGUACUGAGGCUUAGGGCAGCUGGAUUCUUGCUGGUAAUCUGGCACCCUAACUUGGGGCCUCAGACUUAACUGGUGACACCAGCAAUUAUGACUUUGUGUACCCUCUCUCCCUAGUUUAUGUUGCAGAUUCCAGUUAAGCAGAGGCUUCAGAAUCACUGAACUUGAAACUUACCCUGGAGGGAUGCAGGUGGGAUGCCCAGAGACUAUGGGUUUAGGAAAACCACACCUUAAGGUUUGCCAGCAAUCAGACGACUCUACUGUGUGUAAAGAUCCAAUAACAUGAGUUCUUCUUUACAUGCUUAACCUUUUCAGGUGCAGCCUGUGAUACUGAUGGGGACUAGUUGAUCUGUGCCUCUUGUCUCCUAGAACCACCCCAUCCAUGAGGCCAUUUAUGGGGGAUCUGGGUGACCUGCUGAUGGAGAUCCAGCUUGCCAGGGACUUAGGUUUAUCCUGUUAUGUUUGCUACUGGUUACAAAUUCUAUUUCUGUACAAUUAGUCAGACUAAAGUUUUCACUGUGUUUGUUUGGCAAAACAGAUUAAACAAAAAGUAAGGUUUUUAUUUGGGUUUCGGCAUUUUAUUUUUAUAAAAAUUCAGCUAAGUGUCCUUGAAAUUUGGGGAAAUAGGCCUAUUUGAAAGACCAGGCUGCCUCUGAGAGUAGAUAUGCUUCAAUGGCCAGGUUUCUCUAUAAAGUAACCCUAAGCACUUGGACCCUAGCCUCAAGGUCCUCAUAGAGUUCCUGGCCCAGCUCACCCCAAAGAAUUUGGAAACUGCACCGAAUGGUCCCAUGUUUUCUCCUUAUGUCCUUUUAACAAGAAGGUGCAACUGAGAAUAAGAUAAAAUCUAAGAUAAAAUCGGGCCCUCCUACCUCAGAGUUUUAAAUUUCCUCAGUUUUUCAGCUGGUGUUGAAGUUUGCUCACCAUUUCAUCCCUAAGGCCUGGCACUGUUAGGUACACAUGUGCAUGCAAUUACUUAAGCCAGUGAAGACCACAGCUGGAACCAGCCAUGGCUCCUUCAAUACUUAGGACUCUUGCACAGAGGUCUUGGCCUUGGUACACCUUCAAUGUGAAAGAGCUAAAUCCACAGAGGGCUUUAAGGAGUUGGAAUUCGUGAGCCUUUGACUCCUGUUUUUGCCUGCCUUUAUCUUUUGAUUGGAUAUUGUAGGAGAAAGGGUGACAUUUUUAUCUAUAGCUCCAAGUAAUUGAGCUCAAAACCAAUUGAGGGGUGAAUGCCUUUGAAGCUAUCCUGUUUACUGAGUGAUGGGGCACCAUAAUAUGACUUCUUUCUCUUACUUAUGAACAAAGCCACCUGUCAGGAUUUGCCCUGUGGCUGUGACCUAGAAUGGCCCUAAAACUAGUCAGCUUCCCUUUUGGUCCCUUGGCAUUGAUGUGGGAAACAAGUCUUUUUUGGGGAAGGAGGAUACAGCAUAGUUUGUAUAGGGGCCCACUUAGGGGAUGGAUUGGAUCUUUGCCUUCCAAGGGCUAGCUGGCUGGUAAUCAGAUGGUGGAAGCAUAGCUCUGCACUUCCAGACUGGUCUCUCACAUAUCACCACUCUCAUUCUUUGGAGUGGGGGGCUUUCUCAGGCUUGGGUCUUGCUCCUUAGUGUAUCCCUGAGCUCCUGUUCUUUAAGGGGAUGUCUGUUGGUGUACUCUGUUUCUCUUGAACCUCUCAGCAGCACUCCCUGGACCUUUUCUGGUGUCUGCAGAUUGCUUGCACACAACCUGUCUGUUUUGAUUUCCAAGGGAGGUGGAGGACAGUUCACAGAGCAAGGGGGGCCCCAGAUGCAGGUGUACCAUUAGCAGGGUAACAGAAGAGAGUUCUCAGUGACUGAGUAGUAGAAGCAUUUAGUCAGGUAAAGUGGUCUGAGCAGUCCUGGGAUUUAAUCAAAUUUAGUUUGGUCUUACCAGUCAUCUCCAGGGUGGUUAAAGGUGCAAAACAGGAGUACUACUGGAAGGAGUACUGAGACCUUAGACCAGGAUACAAGGCUUAGAGCUAUUUCCCUUUCUUGUGAUCUCCUAGGUUGGCUGCAGAGCCAUUUGCCCAGCAUGAACCUGACUUACAGACAGGCCUUCCUUCAGAUGUUUGUGUUACCAGGGAAACGAUGAAAAGGGUGUUGAAAGUAAAGGGCAAGGGAUGGGAGGAUGGUUUACUGAUUU